AAGGCCUAGUACACCGUAAUCCGUAUCCGUAUGAAGGCAACCUGCUACGGCCUUUUUGAGGACAAGACCAUCGAGAGAGGAGAGAGGGGAGAGGAGGAAGACACAGUACCCAAAAUGGCUUCGAUGUCGCUGAUAACUUCACCGCCAUGGCUUACGAGGAAAUCCGUAAGAACCCAAUUUCCUUCAGCUUCUUGCACUCUUCCCUCUGGGUCUAGAACAAGAAGCUCUCUGUCUGUGAAUGCGGCUAACAUUACCGCAGCUCGCCCCGCGUUGCUUCACUGUUCCUUUCUCCCUUCUUCCACAUCUUCUUCCUCCCUCGCCUCUUCCUUUUCAGGGCUAUCCUUUGGCUUGGAUUUUAAUUCAGAUAUUGGGAUGAAGAAGAAAAGGGGUAAUGGCCUGGUGGUGAGGGCUGGGAAGGCUGCCCUUUGUCAAACCAAGAGGAAUAGGUCUCGGAAGUCUUUGGCUCGUACUCAUGGAUUCCGCAAAAGAAUGAGAACAACUAGUGGAAGAGCCAUCUUGAAGCGUGGACGUGCCAAGGGUCGAUGGGUCCUUUGCCCAAAGUCCUAUCCAAAUAGAGGGAAACGUGCCUAACUAUUUCUUUUAUUCAGGUACAGUUGGUAAAUGUAAUAUUAAUUGAUAUUCAGUAAAUGAUUUAGGCGAACUUGAUCACAUUCUCUUUUUUCUGCUUCCUCUGUGCAAUUGUUUUAAUUGAAAUUCACAAUGAUUAUAUUCAACCUUUUUCUGUCCUUGUGUUCAUUAUAGCUGUUCUCACUUCUCGCUCUUAAGCAUCGACAACAAUCUAUAAAAGUAAUAAGUUAUGAACUGAUCUUAACUCCUUGUUAAAGUUGGAAGGGUGAUGGUGAAAUUAUUAUGUUCCUGCAGAUGAUUGGCUCCUUGUCCUACCCUUUGUAGCAGAAGGCUCGCCUAGUUGUUUAACUUCCUCUUCUUUAUCCUCUGACUUUUUUUUUAUUUUUUUAUGAGCAUAUGAUAAGAUUUCCAUUUUUCUUUCCUGAUUGUAAGAUUGGUGUUAUUUAGAGGUCCUUCUGUUGCAGAUGUUGUGAACAGUUCUUGUUGUGAAUGUAGCAUUUAGCCUUUAAAUGAUCUUCACCUUUUUCCCUGCUUGAAGUUUGUUCAAGAGAUGUUGUUUCUUACUUAGUAUUUCAAAUUUAUCAAUAAGAGAUGUUGUUUCUU